AUGGAGACGUCAAAGCAGGGCGACAAUGUCGUCGUCGUCGAAUCUACCGAACUGCCCUCCUCGUCACAUUCGCAGCAACCAAUCAACCCAGAAAAGCAGGCCGAAAUCCCGAUCCCCGUUGCCUCGUCAUGGCCCAAAGAACCAGUGCCCCUUGUACCCGACACCAAAAACCGACUGUUUAUGGGCCUGUACGAUGGCGUCCUCCUGGCCGUGCCGCUGAUAUUGGUCGCCAAAAUCGGUCUGGUGAUUGGGGCGUGGAAACUGGACCGACGACACCGUGGUGACGAGGUCGACCUGGUCAGUGGACUGACGACGUUCCUGAUCGAGUUCAACGGCCAAAUGACGACGGCGUUUACUAUUGUCUUUGUCACCAUCAUCUCGACCCUGGUGCGGCGGUACGCGCUGUGGAAAGCGCAGACGGGGGCACGCAUCGCAGAUCUCGAACAGCUCCAGGGCAGCAUCAGCCUGCCGAGCACAAUCAAGCUGAUCUGGUCGCUGCGCGCUUUCACCACCAUGAGUGCCGCCCUGGUCGCCAUCUGGUCCUUCUACUACCUGGGCAGUCAGGCCAGCAAGCAGGAAUUCCAGCGCGUUGACUCGAAGCCUUACCACAAGAUGACUGGGUACACGGCCAGCACGGGCCCGCUGUCGGGCUUCAGUCCUAAUUACGACAACACCUAUCUCGCCUUCAACAUUGACGAUCUAAACGCCGCUCUGAUCACCGCCGUGGGUUUCACCAAAUCAGAUUACAGCGCCGCCACCGCGAUACCCGAGGGCACUGACUCGAUCGGGUCGGCCGUGUUGCCCGACCUCAACGCCAUCCUGGACCAGGGCUUUUGGGUCAACAAUGUCGGCUACGUGGCCCCUCAUCCCGGGCGCCACGGCUGGGUCGAUGUCGCGCACCAGUCCCAGCUCAAGAUGAAUGACGACUACUCGGCCUUUGUCGGGCGGGCGACAUAUUUCCAGCUGCUCAGCGACGGCUACGGGCCGAUUGCCAUCCAGAUCAACGAGUUCUUGGGCGAGUACACCCUGCCGACAAGCUACAUGGCUGUGAACUGCGGCCGGCCGACUAUCCUCCCGUACAGCUCGUUCCCCAGUGGCACGUUCAUGAACCAAUCCGUGAGCUUCAACAUGACGCAGCCCCGAGCGGACGCCCCGCGUGACACCCAGGGCCACCCGCUCCGCGAAUUCGCAUUGUCGACGCGCUGGAUCCCGAACAAUGACCACGGCAUCGUCGAGCGCGGCAGCUCGCGGCAGACAUGCAACAUCACGACCGUCAACGUCGAGCUCAAAGUCCACUGCGGCGUGACGGGCUGUUUCCCCAAAAAGAUGCGGUACGCGGCGAAGCACGCCAACCGACAGAACGCGACGUCGUUCGCCACGCCGUUCGACGACGACGUUUUUGCCGAGCGGUUCUUCAGCGCCCUCCUCCUCUCGCGUGGCGGGCAGGUCAACGUCUCGACGCCCACGGACGUCGGGGCGAGCCUGACGCUGGGGGUGGCGAACUUUCUCGGCGCGCCGCUCGACACGCUGGGUGUCGCUGAGGGGCAGGACAACUAUGACGCGUUCCUCAACUCGCAGCUGCGCGGCCUCUCGCUGCCCCUCACGCAGUACUUCAACACGUACUACAUGCUCUCGCAGGCCGUGACGGGGGUGACGCCGACCUUUUCGCCCGACGACACAGCGUUCCAACCCGUCCGGAUCGACGGCGCCCUAUACGACCCGCACUACGCGAUCCGGUGGCCGUGGAUCGGCGUCGACUUUGCCGCGUGCACGAUUUUGCUGCUCGCCUCGCUGGCCGCAUGCUGGCUACGCGCGCACACCCUCGCGCCCGACAUCUUUGGCUACGUGUCCUCCCUGACGCGGGACAACCCGCACGUCGCGCUGCCGGACAAUGGCACCACGCUCAACGGGCUCGAGCGCGCCCGCUUGCUGCGCAACGUGCGCGUCAAGAUCGGCGACGUGUCGCCACCCGACGAGCCCUCCGGCAGGGUCGGCCUCGCGCAGGUGCACGGCCAGCCCGUCGCGAAUCUCAAGCCCACCGUGGCGUAUGUUUGA